AUGACACCUCUAGCGCAUCUCGCUCUGUACGAGCUUCCUGAAGAUAUUCUGGACUACAUUCUUUUCGUGUGUUCUCCCGCCGACCUGCAAUGUUUGCGCGCCACAAAUGUGCGUUUUAGCGCGCUGAUCGACAAGGGUCGUUAUUUGGAGGCUGCAAUCCAGCGAGCUCAGCUUCCGCCGAGCCUCGCCAUCUGUGAACGGUUUUCGGACGCGACACAACACCUCCCAGCGUGCCUCAAGCCUAUCAACAAGGAGGAUACUAUCUGGUACAGACUCCUGCUGGCAGGGGGAAGUUGCACGGCAUGCGAAAAGUUUGCGGGCGGCCCGCCGCUCUCGAGCAAUCUUCGAAUUCGCCUUUGCGGAGAGUACGAUUGCAUGGCUCGAGUUUGCAGGAAUGAGUUCACUGCCCCGAACUGGACCAUCGACUUCCCAAACGAUUACCUUGGCCUCGCCGAGAUCAACUCGUACAUUCCCUACAUGAACGACUUCGACAACAUCAAUCACUGCGCCAUCCGCCCCGAAGAUGAUCAGUCCAUGUUCAAUCGCUGCCGCUACCUUCGAAAGAAGUAUGACCAGGCUUACUCUGGUACAGAACACUGGGACAACCUGAGGCUGUUGCACAAAGCAUUGGAACCUUUCCAUUUCUUCUUAUCUGCGUGGAGGCACCACGUUGCAACCGAGAGUCGCCCGAUUUUUGCAAAGAAUCUUGAGGACCUCGAAAAGUUCGUCAACAAAAAGGGUCAAACCCUCAAAGAUGCCCUAAAGGACCCCUUGGUUCAGCGUGUACUGGCUGCGCACGUGAGGGACAAGACACCAAUCUAUCGGGCGACAUUGGCGAACCUCCACUGUGCUGAGCCCGACAAGGCACUCGUGCCGAGCCAGAGUUCGGUCGCUGUCCAACAGCAGUCGGCGUGCACCAAGUCUGCCAAACAGCGCGUUAAGGCACCCUCUCAAGCGUCUGCACGACCCCUUUGCCAGGCGCCCAAGGGCCGCCAGAAUCCUGCUCCAACUCGCGGCGUCGUUUACCGAUGUGCUCAGUGCAUUGUGAAGUUUGGACACGGAAGCACGGCGGCCUUCCGCACUCCUUUUCUUCUGAACAAGCACCACAGAGAAGUGCAUUCCAAGGCCAUUCGCGGCAUACAAUGA